AGUAAAGCUCCAGUUUUAGACCCCCUUCCAUUCUUUCUGCCAAAACCACCCCAAAUCUCUCUCUCCGAUUCUCAGAAGAAAAAAAGAAAAGCUUCAGUCUUUCUCUCUCUAGAAAACAAUGGGAGACAGCCAGUACUCAUUUUCUCUCACCACUUUCAGUCCUUCAGGGAAGCUAGUGCAGAUCGAGCACGCUUUGACGGCAGUCGGGUCGGGCCAAACCUCUCUCGGGAUCAAGGCUGCUAAUGGAGUUGUUAUUGCAACCGAGAAGAAGCUACCUUCAAUCUUGGUUGAUGAAGCAUCCGUUCAAAAAAUACAGAGUUUGACACCCAAUAUUGGACUUGUUUACAGCGGUAUGGGUCCUGAUUUUCGAGUCUUGGUCCGAAAAAGCAGGAAGCAGGCAGAACAAUAUCACAGAUUAUAUAAGGAACCUAUCCCUGUUACUCAACUUGUGAGGGAAACUGCGGCUGUUAUGCAGGAGUUCACACAAUCUGGUGGUGUAAGGCCAUUUGGAGUAUCUCUUCUGGUUGCCGGGUUUGAUGACAGUGGUCCCCAACUAUACCAGGUUGAUCCUUCCGGUUCAUAUUUCUCAUGGAAAGCCUCUGCAAUGGGGAAGAAUGUCUCAAAUGCAAAAACUUUUCUUGAGAAGAGGUAUACUGAAGAUAUGGAGCUUGAUGAUGCUGUGCACACGGCUAUUUUGACUUUGAAGGAAGGAUUUGAAGGACAAAUCUCAGGAAAAAACAUUGAGAUUGGGAUUAUUGGCACAGACAAAAAGUUCAGAGUGCUGACCCCAGCAGAGAUUGAAGAUUAUUUGGCUGAGGUUGAGUAGUGUGGCUGUUGCAGCGGAAAAUUCGAAAAAACAAAACUUUUAAAAGUCCAAUUUAUGUUGCAAGAUGGUUGCGUAUUAAGCAAGAACGAUUUGGUAUAUGAUUGUGCUGUGAAUCUUUAGGAACCGAGUCGCAGACUUCUUGAGCUCAAGCAGCAUUGUAUUGCCAUUAUUUGUAGCCUUAAGCCUUACAAUUCCUGAGCUCAUUGUGAACAGCUUUGAAAUGCGUUAACACGUUUACUUUUGCCCCAAAAUUUGUACAAUGCUUAUUCUCCAUUUAUGAAUUUAAAGUGGAACUUAA